AUGACCAAGAAAGUAGAUGAUGUACUCAUACCUUUCGACUUCUCUGUUACGAUUUCAUCUCCUCCUUUUGGCGAAUCCGGCAUCUCCUACAAGCUCCCCUCCGCUCCUUUCGAGUUCCAGUUCAGCUACUCAGAAACUCCCAAGGCGAAACCGGUGGGGAUACGGGAGCCAGCGUUCAUGCCGUUGGAUCCGCCGACGAUGCCGAGGCAGAUAAACGGUGAGCUUCCUCCUAGAUGGGAUGGUCCUAAUGGUACUGUGGUUUGGGUGAACAAACCCAAAGAAUGGACUUCUUUCACUGUUUCUGAUAAACUACGACGAAUAGUCAAAGUGAAAAAGGUCCAAUUUGACCAGUUUGUGGCACAAGGAAGAGUUCUUCACAACUAUGCAAACAUCUUAGAGCUCCUCCUCCGUCUACGCCAAUGUUGCAACCACCCUUUUCUCUUUAUGAGCCGGGCAGAUUCACAACAGUACGCUGACUUAGACAGCCUCGCAAGGAGAUUUCUUGACAACAACUCUGACUCAGUAUCUCAGAAAGCUCCCUCUCGGGCAUACAUCGAAGAAGUUAUCCAAGACAUACGCGACGGCAACAUCAAAGAGUGUCCAAUAUGUCUGGAGUCUGCAGAUGAUCCCAUUCUCACACCUUGUGCUCACAAAAUGUGCCGUGAAUGUCUCCUUACUAGCUGGCGCUCUACGUCUUGUGGUCUAUUGCCAAUCUGCAGGACAGUGCUGAAGAAAACUGAGCUUAUCUCAUGCCCAACGGAGAGUAUAUUCCGUGUUGAUGUUGUAAAGAACUGGAAGGAGUCUUCAAAGGUUUCAGAGCUGAUCAAAUGCUUAGAGAAAAUUCGGAUGUCUGGCAGUGGCACGGGAGAGAAAAGCAUUGUCUUUAGCCAGUGGACGUCCUUUUUGGAUCUUCUGGAGAUUCCAUUGAGAAAAAGAGGUUGGUCAUGCUGGAACACUUGA